GGAGGGAGACAGAAAAGUGUGUGAUUAAUACAAGAAAGAAAAGUCAGAGAACACCUGAACGAGGAGUGGUAGAGCCUGAAAAACAGGAUCACAUUAAGUAGUUUCAACAUGGCGAUCUAAUCGUCUGUAGAGGAAAAGGGACAUCAUUUGCUGCUGUCAUUAAGAGACUGCUCCCCGGGGCUUGGCAUUUAAGUAGCAUCAUGGUGAGAAGGGAAGACCUGUCCCUGAGUGGAAUGAAAGUGUCUCCCUGAGUGUUGUGAGGUGUGAGGCUCAGCACGUCUGCUAUCUGUGAGGAGUUGUCAUGGCAACGACUCCUCCAUUAAUGAACACAGCCAUAUCUCCAACAAAUACAACGGCAAAGUCACAAGAACAAAUUCUUUAUCAGAGUGCUGGUGCAAUAGUUGCUGCCAUUGUUGUUGGUGUAAUUAUCAUCUUUUCACUGGUUCUGGUAACCCUAAAGAUGUACAACAGACGCACAAGGACAGAACGGGAGCUGAAGAUGAAAAGCACCAAAAUUGCAACAACCAAUCAAAGCGCACGAUGUAACAGCAGCAUCACAAGUCAGCCCACAUCAUUAAUAACAAUUCCAACUGACAUACAGUUAGAGAAUCGGUGACAAUAGCUGUGUUUUCACCUUGGCAACAUCUAUUGAAAUGGUUUUAUGGUUCACAACUAAAGUUAGUUCAGGACUCUGACUUGUGAAUACCAGCGGGUUGAAGUUCAUGAUGUGAGAAAAUUGCCUUUUCUAUUGCUUAAUGACUGUACAAUCAUGCAUUCAAAAUUGUGUCAGAGGUAUUCAGCAGAUACCCAUGUGGCCUUUCCUGUUAAUGAGGAAGCUGUUUGGAAUCCAGCAAUGACUCACUGCCCAGCACAACUUGCACAUCUUUCUUGGAGAAAUUCUCAUUGCACAGAAAUAAAGCUCCAGUCUCUAUGUGGAUUGACUUCUUAUUCCAGUUUGGAAACAGAUAAACGUCACGGUUAUUUUAGAUCUAAAUAUAUAUAUUCAAGUGACAAACCUGUAUGCAAGCUGAUGCAAGAUGAUUUCAUACACAGGCAAACUCUGCUCAUUAUACCAACAGUCAUAUAGCCAUGAUUCUUAGCAUUGCUUGAUUGCAAUGGUUAUUUCACUGUACCUGUGAAUCAUUGGUUUCAAGCUGUAAAUGUAGAUUGUUUAACAGAUUUAAGUUUGAUAACCUUACCUGUAUCUGUCUAUAAAGAUGUUUUCACAUGCAUGCUUCCUGUGCCAUUUUGUGACAGUAAGUCAGUCAUUAUCAAUACUUGAAACCCCACCUGAAGGUGAAACCCAUGGCCAAGACCUUAAAGGUCCAGCCUUUGGUCAGAGCCUCCCUUAGUUCAUUUAUAGUACAUUAUAAUAGGGAAAAUAGUGUAUGAGUCAUUCAGCUAUAAUUAAAAUACAUAUUCACCCCAAAUCUCAGCCUAACUGACCAUCAAGCUGGGGUUUCAGCUACAAUUUCAUGUUCCUAAUCUGCAUUUUUAUUCUCAUUAGUCUAUAUUUAUAUAUGACUUACAUUAGGAAUUUCUGAAAAAUGUUAAUUUAGUACCUUAGAAACAUGUAAUAUGAUUUUAUGAAGAUUGUGAUUUUCUAUAAAACUGGAUGGACCAUUAACCCAUCAUGGUCCAUCCAGGCCUGUUGGAUCCCAAGCAUAUUCAUCUCAGGAACUUUUUGCAAAGUUCAAAAACACUUGGAUAUUGAUUCUCAACUGUUAAGUUAUUAGACAAUAAUGCUGCUUUCAUUUCCUUAUUUGUUUUAUUUUUUGUUAAGUUGAUUAAAUACUUUCCAUUACAAAUGA